AUGCCCGGAGAUUACGUCGAACGGCCCCAGUUAACCUAUUUCAAGCCAGGACCACCCUCCAGCGACCUGUCUGAGCAAGAUGUCGUCGAUCUUCAAGGUCUUCUCUAUCUCGAGCUCACACCUAUUAUCUCAUGGCUCGAGUCAGAUGGUGAGGACCGUGACUACACCCUCCUGGGCGACUACAUCCGCAUUGCGGAGGACGUACUCGAAGGCUGGGGCCAGCUUUACGGCUCAAUGCCUCGCAACAGGUUUACUCAAGUCUACAUCAUGUUGGAGAAGCUUUACAAAGAGCUUGCAGCCUGCCAGGACUUUCUAGUCGAGAAAGCCGCCGCUUCGAUUGCCCCGGGACGUCUUCCCCCUGUCCCCGGUCUCCGUGGGGCACCUCGCUUGGAUAUCGAUGUGGUCCAAUUGACCUCUCUACUCUGCAUUCGCGACAUGACCUACGCCCAGAUUGGCGGCCUGGCCGGUUGCUCAGGCAAAACCGUUCAACGCCGGGCAAAGGAGAUGGGGGUCAAUCGUCGGAAGUUCUCAGAGAUCACUCAGGAAGAGCUGGAUCGAGCGGUCAUUGCCGCGUACCUUCGAGGAUCUGGCGAUCAAGGCUACCGAGCCAUCCACACCUACCUUGAACUCGAGGGCAUCAAGGUCACAAGGGAUCAAGUUCAAGCCACCUGUCGCCGUCUCAACCCCGAUGGGACCUGGGACCGCUGGAUUCGCGCUCGCCUUCGACGAGUUUACCGUGUUCCAUGGGUUAAUUCUCUAUGGCAUAUCGACGGCCACCACAAGUUGAAUCCUUGGAAGAUCGUCAUCCACGGCGGCAUUGAUGGCUUCUCCCGACGUAUUGUCUUUCUCCAGGCCUCGAACAACAACCUGGCUGUUACGGUGGAAGACUGCUUCAUGCACGCCACGCGCUGCUACGGCUGGCCCUCGAGGGUACGCGUGGACUAUGGCGGAGAAAACCUCGGCGUGAAGAAACGAUUGGAAGAAGUUCGCGGCACCGUUGAUUCCAAGGGUCCGCCAGAGGAAGGAGAUGCUGUACUUCAACCGCAGCGGCGAACUCGUACCGCUAGGGCGGAGCUGGCACGAUCUCGAGUCACUAGGGACCGCCCCGUCGGGCACGCCCCGACGGAGGACCGGCGGGGUCCCGAGGUACCUACCUGCGGGACCCGGCCGGGGAUAAUCGGUCGGGGUAGCGGGUGCUAUCCGACCCAGUACCCCCUCGUCGGGACCCUCCCGACGGGGUGUGACAGACGGACAUCGGGGGAUGUCCGUCUCCGUCGCGGUGCGCGUAUCGAGCGACUUUGGGUUGAUUUGCAGAGGACCUGCACCUCGCGUUACCGAACGGUCUUCAUCCACCUAGAGAAUAUCGGGCUGCUGUCUCCGGACAACGAUCUCGACCUCUGGGCCCUCCAUUAUGUCUACCUGCCUGUUAUCAAUGAGGCCCUCAGGUGCUUUGCCCGCUACUGGGACAUGCAUCGUAUCAGGACUGCUGGCAAUCAGAGCCCUGCAAAGAUGUGGGCCAUGAACGAGGCCAAGGCAAGGAAGGUUGGCGUUGAGCCUGUCAGGUAUCUCGAGGACCUCCAUGGCGAGCAAGACAAAGACAUCUCCAACCUACCGGAUGAUCAGACUCAGCAAUUCUUUGAGGACUAUGGCGUUGACGACUACGGGCGGCGACCUACAGCUCGUGUUAGGAGAAAGGAUCCACACGUCGAGUUCCCCUCGCCUGACGAGGUUAAUCCAAUCAGCCACCGCGAACUCCUCAACGAUCCGGUCUUUCUGCAGGCCUUGGCAGCAUCAGUAGGACCAUUGUGGCCUGUGGAUGACACCUGCGCUGUUCCUCAGUACUUGACAUGUCGAGAAAUGGUGUACGCACGUCUAGGGUUACAACCACCUCGGCCCGAAUGGUGGAAUCACUAA